CCUUAUCAGUUAAGCAAACCGUUAUCACGGUAAUGCGUAAAGUCGAAAAACGAAGCUAAAUCUGAGUCAGAACCUCCCAAGAAAGGUUAGCAUUGAGGGAAGAAAGAAAUGCCAUUGAUGAGAAGCAGCUCCCUCCCCAAACCAGCCGAAUCAGCGGAGCACCGAACUGACACCUCAGUUAAAUUCGGCACUCCCGAGGCCCUCGACUACGUCCGCUCCCUUACCGACGUGGGAGCCAUGACGCGUCUCCUCCACGAAUGCGUCGCUUACCAGCGAGCCCUCGAUCUAGACCUCGACACCCUCCUCUCCCAGCGUUCCGACCUCGACAAGACUCUCAACAACCUCCAAAGAUCCGCUGACGUUCUCGACAUCGUCAAGGCCGAAUCCGAUCACAUGCUCUCCAACAUCACCUCCACCUGUGACCUCGCCAACCAAGUCAGCCGCAAGGUCCGCGAACUCGACCUCGCUCAAUCCCGCGUUAACUCCACGCUCCUCCGCAUUGACGCCAUUGUAGAGAGGGGGAAUUGCAUCGAUGGCGUCAAAAGCGCUCUCGACGCUGAGGAUUAUGAGUCAGCCACCGAAUACGUACGGACGUUUCUGGAGAUCGAUGAUAAGUUUAAGGAUUCUGAAUCCGACCAAAGGAAACAGUUGUUAGCGUCGAAGAAGCUGCUGGAAGGGAUUGUAAAGAAGAAACUCACGGCUGCCGUGGAUCAAAGGGAUCAUCCUACUAUUUUGAGAUUUAUUAAGCUUUAUUCGCCCUUGGGGCUUGAUGAAGAAGGCUUGCAAAUUUAUGUUGGGUAUUUGAAGAAAGUGAUUGGGAUGAGAUCUAGAUUAGAAUAUGAGCAUUUGAUUGAGUUAGUGGAACAGAGCCAUGGACAAAAUCAGAACCAUCAAGUAAAUUUUGUUGGGUGUUUGACUAAUUUGUUUAAAGAUAUUGUUUUGGCUGUCGAGGAAAAUGACGAGAUUUUAAGGAGUCUUUGUGGAGAAGAUGGAGUGGCGUAUGCAAUAUUUGAGUUACAAGAGGAAUGUGAUUCAAGGGGUUCUUUGAUUUUGAAAAAAUAUAUGGAAUUUAGGAAAUUGGCUAAGUUGUCUUCUGAGAUCAAUGCUCAGAAUAAUCAUUUGUUAACUGUUGGAGCACCCGAAGGACCCAAUCCGAGGGAGAUUGAGUUGUAUUUAGAAGAAAUACUGUCCUUGAUGCAACUUGGUGAAGAUUACACAGAAUAUAUGAUCUCAAAGAUCAAGGGGAUGCCAACUGUGGAUCCAGAUUUAGUCCUGCGGGCCACUAAAGCUUUUAGGGCAGGAAGUUUUAGCAAAGUUGUUCAAGAUGUUACUGGUUUUUACGUGAUUUUGGAGGGAUUCUUUAUGGUGGAAAAUUUGAGGAAAGCAAUUGGGAUUGAUGAACAUGUAUCUGAUAGCCUUACUACUUCAAUGGUGGAUGAUGUGUUUUAUGUUUUGCAAAGUUGCUUGCGAAGGGCAAUUUCUACUUCUAAUAUUAGCUCCGUGGUUGCGGUACUGAGCGGUGCUAGUAGUUUGCUGAAUAAUGAAUACUAUGAAGCUUUGCAACUAAAAUUAAGAGAACCAAAUCUUGGGGCAAAGCUGUUCUUGGGUGGUGAUGGUGUUCAAAAGACUGGGACCGAGAUAGCUACAGCACUGAAUAAUAUAGAUCUUAGCAGUGAGUAUGUCCUGAAACUAAAACAUGAAAUUGAAGAGCAGUGUGCCGAGGUGUUUCCUGCACCGGCUGAAAGGGAAAAGGUGAAAUCUUGUUUGUCUGAGCUGGCUGACUUAAGCAACACUUUCAGACAAGCCUUGAAUGCUGGUAUGGAACAACUUGUGGCAACUGUGACACCUCGAAUCCGCCCAGUAUUAGACAGUGUAGCAACCAUCUGCUAUGAACUAUCAGAGUCUGAAUAUGCAGAUAAUGAGGUUAAUGAUCCGUGGGUACAGAGGCUUCUUCAUGCAGUUGAAAUUAAUGUGGCUUGGCUCCAACCUCUAAUGACUGGUAACAACUACGAUGCAUUUGUACGUUUGGUGCUUGACUUCAUCGUGAAGCGGCUGGAAGUGAUAAUGAUGCAGAAAAGGUUUAGUCAGCUCGGAGGGCUUCAGCUUGACAGAGAUACCAGAGCUUUGGUAAGCCAUUUCUCGGGGAUGACACAGAAGACAGUGAGAGACAAAUUUGCUCGUCUUACGCAAAUGGCAACGAUCCUGAACUUGGAAAAGGUUUCCGAAAUUCUGGAUUUCUGGGGUGAGAACUCAGGACCAAUGACCUGGAGACUGACCCCUGCUGAGGUUAGGAGAGUUUUGAGUCUUAGGGUUGAUUUUAAACCUGAAGCAAUUGCUGCUUUGAAAUUGUAAGACCCCGUAAAGUAUCUCCCUUUUAUAAUGAUAAUUGUCUUGCAUUCUUGGCCUUUUGCCAUUGUCAUUGAUAUGAGUAAAUAAUAUAAAGUAUCAAACAGAGUACAUCUUCUGGAUUAAUUGACUAUUGAGUUUGUGUCCAAA